GCAUUCUUCCGGCGUUGAACUUCCGGCGUGUCGGUGGCCGUGUUUGCUGACACCGUCCAUCCUGACACCCCGUGGUGCCUGGUCGCUGCUGUGGGCCUGGCGGUUGCCGAGCGAUUUGAGAGGGCGGGAAUCGCGGAGACGAGGUUGGGUUCGCUAGGUGGAAAGCCGUCUCUUCCGCUGGCAGCCUGAGGGGCGCCGAAGGCUCACACCACUAGUCAUGGACUGCAGUCUGGACAGGAUGGCUUCGGUGGUACCCGGGCAAUUUGACGACGCGGAUUCCUCAGACAGUGAAAACAAAGAAGUGCAGUCAAUCCAUGCAGAAGAUGACAUUCUACUUACAAACCUUCAGAAUGAUGCAGCGGAGGUAAAGGGCGAAGAUGAAACUGAUGAAGAAGACAGCUAUGAUUAUGACACUGAUUGGUACUUGAAUGAUGCGACUGGAAAACUCAUCCAGGGUUGUACCUGGAAUGGCGGCAGUAACUAUCAGGCAAAUCGACAGCCUUCUAACUACAAUUCAGCCAAAAUGUCUACUCCAAUUGACAAGUCCUUGCGAAAAUUUGAAAAUAAAAUAAAUCUAGAUAAACUGAAUGUUAUGGAUUCUGUCAUGAAUAAAGUCACUGCAAAAUUGAGACAAAAAGAAGCAGAAUCGUAUCGCAUUAAAGAUAAGGCCGACCGAGCAACCGUAGAACAGGUUUUGGAUCCCAGAACAAGGAUGAUUUUAUUCAAGCUGUUGCAUAAAGAGCACAUAUCAGAGAUACAUGGCUGCAUCAGCACUGGAAAAGAAGCUAAUGUAUACUAUGCUAGCACACCCAGUGGAGAGAGCAGAGCAAUCAAAAUAUACAAGACUUCUAUUUUGUUGUUCAAAGAUCGUGACAAGUAUGUGACUGGGGAAUUCAGGUUCCGUCGUGGCUAUUGUAAAGGAAACCCUAGAAAAAUGGUGAAGACGUGGGCAGAGAAGGAGAUGAGGAAUUUGCUCAGGCUAAAAACAGCAAACAUACCAUGUCCAGAACCAAUCAGGCUAAGAAGUCAUGUUCUUCUCAUGGGCUUCAUUGGCAAGGAUGACAUGCCUGCACCACUUUUGAAAAAUGUCCAGCUGUCAGAAUCCAAGGCCAGGGAGUUGUACCUGCAGGUCAUUCAGUACAUGAGGAGGAUGUACCAGGAUGCUAGGCUUGUCCAUGCGGAUCUCAGUGAAUUCAACAUGCUGUACCACGGAGGAGAUGUGUACAUCAUCGAUGUUUCUCAGUCUGUGGAGCAUGACCACCCACAUGCACUGGAGUUCUUGAGAAAAGACUGUGCCAACGUCAAUGACUUCUUCUUCAAGCAUGCCGUUGCAGUGAUGACAGUGCGGGAGCUCUUUGAGUUCAUCACGGAUCCCUCCAUCACCGCUGACAACAUGGACGCUUACCUGGAAAAGGCUAUGGAAAUUGCAUCCCAAAGGACCAAGGAAGAAAAGACCAACCAAGACCAUGUGGAUGAAGAGGUGUUCAAACAAGCAUAUAUUCCCAGAACCUUAAAUGAAGUAAAGAAUUACGAGAGAGAUGUGGACAUCAUGAUGAGGUUAAAGGAAGAAGACAUGGCUUUGAAUACUCAGCAAGACAAUAUUCUAUACCAGACUGUCACGGGAUUGAAAAAAGAUUUGUCAGGAGUCCAGAAGGUCCCCGCGCUCCUAGAAGGUGAAAUUAAGAAAGAGCCUUGUUUUGGUUCAGCCGAUGAGGAGAGCUCUGAGUGCUCUGACGCCUCUGAAGAGCGGGACGACCAAGCUGGGUGUGGACAGCAUACUGCUGACCCUGACGUUGACAAAAAGGAAAGAAAAAAGAUGGUCAAGGAAGCCCAGAGAGAGAAGAGAAAAAAUAAAAUCCCUAAACAUGUGAAAAAAAGAAAGGAAAAAACAGCCAAGACCAAAAAAGGCAAAUAGAAUGGAGCCAUCCCCCAGCUGCUUUUUACCAGAAGUAGAAGUAGCUGGGGCUCUUCCUUACCGUCUCACGUCAGGGGAGCUGGGCUGUGGGCAUGUGAUAGGCCCCAAGCCUAUAUGUCGGCAUCCAGCCCUGGCUCUGCUUUUAAUGGACUUAGUAAGGUACUAUUUUAAUGAAGACUUUGUAUAUUUUAUUUUUAUAUUUUUAUCUUGCAAACAUUUUUUCAGAAGUAUCAGAACAUCGAUGUUUAUGAUAAACAUCCACAGCCUUUGUAAAGGUGAGCAUAAGACACUUGGACAAACUUGGGAACAUUUGUUUUCUUUGUCUGUGCCAAAGACACAUCUGCAGCAGCCUGGAGCUCCACGCUGAGAGAAGUCGUCUGGCCAUUGUGUGCCAUCCCAGCAGCCCUGUCCCUGUGUGUUCUGGGCUUGCUGUCACAUGAUCCUGCUUCAUCUUGACUAUGCCUUUCCAGCCAGACCUCCCAGCUCAGAUGCCAUUUCACACCCAGCCAAUUGACAUGGUCUUUGUUCAUCAGAUAUUUAAGUGCUUUAGGUACUGGGAUAUAGCUAUGAAUAAAACCAAAUUACUUCC